GCUGGCUAUCUGCUGAUAAUGGUGGGAACGUCACAGACAAAAGUGUGCUCUAUUGCGUAGAUACCACGAUAACCUUUCGUCUCGUAUCAAAUUGUAAUUCUAGCGAAGAAAAGUGUGCUCGGAAUUUUUUUAAAGCCAAGAGAUUUUGUAAAAGUAUUAAUACACAAUGCUUCGUGCUGGAGCAAAAGUAAUUCGUAGCAGUCUGGAGGCCAGGGGUUUUUCCAGUGCCGCUGCUUCACCGGCAUUCAAAGUGCAAGACAAUAAAGAUUUCAAUGAGAGAGUGAAAAACUCCAAAGUGCCUGUUAUCAUCGACUUUUUUGCAACUUGGUGUAAUCCUUGCCGCAUGUUGACGCCACGCCUGGAGUCUGUUAUUGAGGAAAAACAGGGAAAAAUUCUACUGGCUAAAGUUGACAUUGAUGAAAACACAGAUCUUGCUCUAGAUUAUCAGGUCCAGUCAGUGCCUGUUCUGAUUGCCAUGAAGGAUGGAAAGGUUCUGGAGCGUAUAGUGGGUCUCCAGGACACCGAUAAACUCCGAACCUUUGUGAAUAAAUAUGCAGACUCUUAAAGAUUAAGUCACAAUAUAGUACGAAUUAAAUAGCAAAAACAUGUUCAAAGAGAUUUAUUUCGUUGUACAGCACCAUUUACAUAAUCCCUUUGUAAGCAGCGUUCUUGUUUUAAAUUAAUUGGUAGGGUAUUUUUUGUGGGGUCAAUAUACAUAAAAGAUUUAAAACAUUAAAAUUUGGAAAUUUUUAUUAAAUAAAAUAUUCUGGAUUUGA